AUGUCUGACUCACAAGGAAGGCUUGAAGUGUUACCAUAUUACCAUCUCGUUUUACGAGAUGCGCAUACCUCCCGUUUCGGGUUGCAUCUACCCUUCCUACGUACUGGGAAAGUGAACUAUGGUCAUAUCCAUUUCAGCACUCCCCUUAAAGCAGGUUCAUUUUUUAGUCGUUAUAAAGAUUUCACUAUAGACGGACCCCAGAAUAUUGCAAUUAGGAUUAGCGCCUCAUAUUAUUUCGGCACAAAACGGAAGGUCAAUUAUUUGGAGGUAAGAGAAGGCAAAAAACCUAAACCUGAUUCUGCUUCAACUUCAGUAGAAAAAGCGUUUGAAACCGAGGAACAACAAGGAAAACAACCUGAAAUUCGAAAUCACGAAGAACUCAAGAAAGCCCCUGAAGAAAAAUCCGAAGAGGAAAUAUAUAAUGAUGAUAUUAUUCCCUUCGCUAUAAGUGAUGAUGUUGAAAACGGAACUAUACAUGUAUUCAUUCAGACCCCUGGCCUUCAAUCAAAGGAGGCAAAGUUUCAAACUCUCAUCAUGCCGGGAACAAUUAUUGUUAAUCAUCUUCUGAAAGACUUCAGCCUUAGUUUGAGACUUCCAAAAAGAAUCGAUGAGCAAUCCAAGGUCAAAGUUGAAGUUCUUUUCAGAGUAACUCAAAUUAUUUUCAAAAUUAAAACAUAUACAAGUCAUCCUUUAAUGAUUGAAUGA